AUGUUGUCCUUCUUCGCCAAUCGUCUGGAGGGUCUUCCCUUUCACGAGUCCUACGCUCCCACUUAUGUCGUGUCGAAGAUUCUCGGACUCCUGCCGUACUCUCGGAAUAGCAUUGAGGACAAGUCUGGCAAGAAGAUCCCCGAAAAGACGGUGUUCAGCUUCUCCUUCGCCCUGUCCUUGAUCACAAUCCUCUGGGCAAUAUCCUACGUCAUCUCGUACGUCCUGGCCAAUGAGAGCGUCCUGGCCAUUCCCUCCAGUCGCAACUACCCAAUCAUCAGCGUCGUGGGUCACUUGAUGCACAUCUACUUGGGCAUUUGCAUCUUUAUCACCAGCUACAUUUUCACCCCACGCAAGAUCUACCGCUACAACGUCAUGUCGAUCCGCAUGGACUUCCUGGACUCUGAGCUCACCAGUAUUUGCGGAAAGUCCGUCGAUUAUCGCACAACAGUCAUCUUUCAGUACUUCUUCAUCGUCGGCGGCGCUCUCCUCGUCGCCACGGCCUUCCUGUUCGACUACUUCGUCUUCAUGGACAUGUACGGAAACUACAUGAUAAUCAUCUGCUUCGCCUACGUUUAUCCUUACGUCUGUUCCGGAGUAAUUCAUCUGCAAUUCAUCGCCAUUGUUCACUCAAUCUACCAGCGCUUCAAGGCAAUCAAUACCUUCCUCCAACACAUCGCCGACAUCAAUGUUCCCACAUCCAAUGCCGCUCUGCAAAUGAAACUCAAGAGUGCGCAGACAGAGAAGCCCGAGAAGACAAAUCCUGACACGAAGCAAGCCUUCGUCAGCAACUCUUCACUCCCGGCAAACGCUCACAUGCGUCUCAAUGAGAUUUUCAUCCUCCACGACAAACUCUGUGACGCUUCUGAAAGCAUCAACGACAUCUUCUCCCUCCAGAUCGUGUCCAGCAUCACGGCGGGCUUCAUUAUCAUCAUCUUCGGCUUCUUCAUCGAGACAAAGGUGGCCUUCUGGGCCUGGGGACAGAAUGUGACUCUCAUCCUCAUCGCUACGUCCUAUGUCAUCUGGGGAGCCAUCAACUGUCUCUCCAUCUACGUCAUGCUUUCCUGCACGACCAAUGCUAAGGAAACGGCCAACGCUGCUGCUCUGGUUGUGCACAAGAUUCUGCAGAACAAGCCGGCUUUCAUGCUCAACGACGAGAUCUACUACAACAAGAUGAAGAGUUUCACUCUCCAGAUCCUCCACCGGAAGAAUACGUUCCACUUCAAUGCCUUGGGGCUGUUCCGGCUCGAUUACACCUUUAUCUUCUCAGCCGUUAGCGCUGCCACGAGUUACCUUAUCGUGUUGCUGCAAUUCGACCUGACCGACUACUUGGUGGCCUUCGACGUGAUGCUCCAGAAGAACUCCUAAGCCGUGCGGAGAAGCUUCAGGAUCCAAAAUCACAGUUUUUGUCACUUUUG